AGGAGUCCCUGGCGUGCCCGCUUGUGGAAUGCCCCUCCAUCCCCCCACAGCUCGUAUCCCCGCCAACCAAUAUAACUUUUUUUUUGUUUGCUUGUGCUUUUCUACUGUGCGUGUUCGGAGUGCUCUUAAGCUUUAAUUCAACCGUUCCAAGCCGUUUGGAAGUCGAAGAAAAGAAAAGUUCGGAAGCUCUUGCCAGUCCAUACCUGCGAUCACUUGCUGCAAAACGCAAACAACAAGCAGACAUGGCUUCCAACUCAAUCAAACUUCUCACCGGAAACUCCCACCCCGAGUUAGCGAAGCGAGUAGCAGACCGACUGGGAGUUGAGCUUCUAGACAUGAGCGUAUUCAAAUACUCGAACCAAGAGACCUCGGUCAUAAUGCGAGAGUCGGUCCGCGACGAGGAUGUAUUCAUCCUGCAGACAACAUGUCCCGGCGAGGAUUUGAACGACCACCUGAUGGAGCUUCUGAUCAUCGCCAAAGCUUGCAAGACCGCGUCUGCUCGUCGCAUCACCGCCAUUAUGCCAAACUUCCCAUACGCCCGUCAGGACAAGAAGGACAAAUCCCGUGCACCGAUCUCAGCGAAACUCAUUGCGAAUAUGAUUCAGCGCUCCGGGUGCGACCAUGUCAUCACGAUGGACCUCCAUGCGUCGCAGAUACAGGGCUUCUUUGAUGUACCAGUCGAUAACCUGUACGCCGAACCCCUCACCCUCCGCUACAUCCGCGAACACUUCGACUACAAGAACGCCGUGAUCGUCUCUCCCGACGCCGGCGGAGCAAAGCGUGCCACCGCUCUCGCCGACCGACUGGACCUGAACUUCGCCCUCAUUCACAAGGAGCGCUCACGGCCUAACGAGGUGUCCCGAAUGACGCUGGUCGGAGACGUGACCGGGAAGAUCGCAAUCCUGGUGGACGACAUGGCAGAUACCUGCGGAACCCUCUGCAAAGCUGCCGACGUGCUGAUGAGCAACGGAGCGAAGGAGGUGGUUGCCAUCGUAACACACGGUAUCCUCUCGGGUGAUGCCUGCGAGAAGGUGUCAAACAGCAGGCUGAGUAGAUUGGUGGUUACGGAUACUGUUCCGCAUGAGGACAAGAAGAAGAGAUGUCCUAAAAUCGAUACGAUUGACGUUGCUCCUACGAUUGCGGAGGCGUGUAGGCGGACACACAACGGUGAGAGUGUGUCGUUCUUGUUCAGCCAUGUGAUGGUAUAGAAUACCACAGUUCCGAUUGACACGAAUUGAGAAAACUCCUGCUUUGUUACCCUACGAGAAGCGGAAUUGGGCGGAUAUGGAUUUGCGUUGAUGAUGAAUCGUGUUUUCAGUUUGGCUGGGUAUCAAAAAGUUGGGUCCUGUUACUUGUGUUAAGGGUGUGUAGAAGGAGGAAGCCUUAAGUCGUGACCGUCUCCAUUGCAGUUGUACGGGAGGCCAGCCCUAAAAGGGCCAUACACUGGCCGGUUGCAGCGAAAUAAGUGAGAUUUUGUGUGGAGAUCAACUAGAUACUAGGCCUCAUGCUGGAGAUCGCCUUGUAUGUAGUGGGGAUGGAUGUUGGAACUUGGUUGGUGUAAAAUAGACUAUUUUAACUAUCCCGCGCAACUCGGAUGUGGGGAGUCAAC